AUGUCGGGGCAUCAGCGUCCUGAUGAAAAGGUCGCUCAGCCGGCUGUAGUUUUAUCCAGCCUACCGGACUCGACCAGCGAAGAGGAACCUGAUCAGGAUAGCAAGUAUAGCUGGCUCUGCGUUGCUUGUGUUUUCUUGAUAAACAUGCACACGUUUGGCAUUAACGGCUCAUACGGAGUGUUUCUUUCUUACUAUCUAACAUCAAGUUACUUUCCCGGUGCCACUUACAUUGAGUAUGCAUUGGUCAGUGGGCUCUCCAUAUCCCAAGCCUUAUUGAUAUCUCCUUUCGUAACAUAUACCACGCGCGUCUAUGGUACUCGGACAGCAUUGUUCAUUGGAUCCUUUCUCGAGGCCCUUGCACUCGUUGGUGCUUCCUUUUCAAAAACCAUAUGGCAGCUAUUCCUUAGUCAAGGUCUCUGCUCAGGAUGGGGUAUGGGAUUCCUGUUCCUCGGCACGGUCGGUGUCGUACCUCAAUGGUUCACCAAGAGACGCUCGCUGGCAGCGGGCCUCGCAUCUUCAGGAGCUGGCACCGGUGGAUUUGUGUACAAUCUGGCUGUUAAUGCUAUGAUUCAUAACAUAUCUUUGCCAUGGGCGUACCGAAUCCUCGCCAUUAUCGCCUUUACUGUUAAUAUCACCUGCUCUUUUUUCAUUAAGGAUCGGCACCGGCAGAUAGGAACUGUGCAAAAGACUUUCGAUUACCGGCUUUUAAAAAGCCUUGACUUUUGGGCUUUGUCAAUUUGGGCAAUAUUCAACAUUAUAGGCUACGUGGUUUUAUCGUUCUCUCUGCCGUCUUAUGCAACCAGCAUUGGUCUCUCUAAGCAACAAGGUGCGCUUGUAGGAGCACUGUUGAAUGUUGCCCAGGCCUUUGGACGCCCCAGUGUUGGCUUCCUGAGUGACCACGUGGGAAGGGUCCGAAUGACAGCCAUUGCGAGCGCCGCCUGUGGUUUGACGUGUUUUGUAAUCUGGAUAUUUGCUCGUAGUUACGGUGUCUUAAUUCUCUUCGCUAUCUUGGCAGGCCUGUUUGUUGGAAAUAAUUGGGCAGCAACCGCACCCGUUUCAGCCGAGAUAUUCGGCAUGAAAUACCUCCCAUCUAUUCUCUCAACCCUGUGGCUGAUACUCACGCCACCUGGCACUUUUGCUGAAUUAAUUGCCCUAGGGCUUCGUGAAAAACACGGCAGCAGAAUUUAUCUCCCGACUCAAAUAUUUACAGGGGCUUUGUACUUCGGAGCUGCACUGUCUAUGUGGUUGAUAUACGCAAGAAAAAGCAGAAAACUGUGGUAG